AUGGCUCUGCAACUGUGGGAGACACUGAAGGAAGCCAUAAUUGCCUACACCGGCCUCUCUCCGCCCACGUUCUUCACCCUCCUUGCCCUAAUCCUCGCCCUCUACUACGUCGUUUCUGGUCUCUUCCCCUCCUCCGACCACCGCCACGACGCCCACCGUGACUUCGAGCCCCAGAUGGAGCCUCUGCGACCCCCCGUUCAGAUCGGCGAGGUCACCGAGGAGGAACUCAAGGCCUACGACGGCUCUGACCCCGCGAAGCCCCUCCUCAUGGCCAUCAAGGGUCAGAUCUAUGAUGUUUCGCAGAGCAGAAUGUUUUAUGGACCGGGUGGACCCUAUGCUCUAUUUGCUGGCAAGGAUGCUAGCAGAGCUUUGGCCAAAAUGUCUUUUGAAGAGAAAGAUCUAACAGGAGAUAUCUCUGGUCUUGGCCCAUUUGAGCUUGAGGCCUUGCAAGACUGGGAAUACAAGUUUAUGGGCAAGUAUGUAAAAGUUGGAACUGUCAAAACGACUGUUCCAGUGACUGAACCAUCAGAAUCAACGCCCCAUGAUGCUGAAUCUUCCAAGCCUACUGAAGAUGGUGCAUCAGAAUCAGCAGCUGUUAAAAAUGACGAAAUCCCCUCAAAGGUUGAUGCUGAUAAAGAGUGA